AUGCACUUCGAACUCAGGAAAGCCAAGCAUCCCUACACCAUCAACUUGAACGAUGAUGGGGAGCAGCAGCGCGCGCCCCGCCACGAAGCUCAAUUGACGGACACGGGCAAGGAGAAAGUGCGCUGGCGUCGCUUCGGGUCCAAGCUCUUGCCGGGCGUCGAUUAUCGCAUUCGGGAGCCGUGCCCGGGCGAGGAGUGGAUCCCCUUCGGCGAAGCCGAGCUCGCCCAGCCUUUCAGGCACGACUGGGUCAUCGUGCCGCGCAAGCGACCGCACGUGCCGGUGCUCUUCGGUGCGCAGGGCAGCAACCAAACCGCGGAAGACCAGGCCAUGAAGCUCCUUCUGCUCUUUCGCCCUUGGGUGAAUGAUCGCCGAGAUGCCCAGGACGACCUCGUGGCCUUCGUCGGAGACCUGUCUGCUCGCGACCAGGGGGCUAAGGACUGGCUCCAGGCCGCACGGCUCUGGCUGGGCCGGCGCGGCUUCCCCACAGAGUCCGUGAAGCGCUAUGCCGCCCAGUUCUGCUUCGUCCACUGCCUGCCGCGGGAGCUCCGGCCCGGCGCGGAGCUGGAGGCCAACAGCGACAACGAAGACUUGGAGGACGUGCCCUGCUUCUUCGACCAGGACGACAUCAUGCUGGCGAUGGAAACGCACGUUCGAGGGGAACCUGGCAACGCCGGCAACGAAGUGCAGACGCACGCCGACCGCACCAAGAAGAUGUUCGCGCUGUCGCAAGCCAUUUGGCUGGAAGGAAACAAUGGAGGUGGACCCGACCCGGAGGCCAGCAACAGGUUCCGCGAGCUGUCCGCCAAAGAGCCCGUGACGGACCAUCAGCAGGUGAGACAAGCCGCCAUCGAUUCGCGGGUCAGGGGCGAGAAAGGACAGGAUAGACGAACUACACGACGCAGGGACCGCCGAAGCCCGGAGGUGCAGGCCCAGGAGCCCGUGACCGCCGCCAAGCUCCUGAACUGGCUCCACAGCGACCGUGUGCGUGGGGCCGUGAAUGCCAAGCAGCACGAGUUCCUGGAACUCGUCGUGGACAGAGUCAUGGUGGAGCUGAACCUCAUCAAGCCCGAGGAGUCCAUCCGGAAGACCUCGCAGCCCUUGGUCUGGCUGCUCCACGGGCCGCCCGGCGUCGGCAAGUCCCACAUCCUUCAGUUCCUCCGCGAGCUUUUCGAAGACUUGCUCCAGUACACCCAGGGCCAGGAGUACGAGGUGGUGGCGCUCCAGGCAGUGAACGCAGCGGACGUCCGAGGCCAGAACAUACACAGGGCCUACGGCUUCAACAAGAGUGGGCAGCCGACCGAGGGAGAUAACGCCAUCGUUCAGGGCAUCCGCUUCAGGAGGUGGGUGAUCGUGGACGAGAUCAGCAUGGUCAGCGCGAAGAUUUUGCUCCCACCGCCGGAGGGCGGCUUCAUUGCGGAUGUUCCCCACAGCCUGAAGUCUGCCACCGGGGUCGACAAGAGUCCGGACCCUCUCGUCGAGGCCGGUCGCGACCUUUUCUGGCGCGGAGCGGUCCAAGGCGUCACCGAGCUGACGGAGACUCGACGGUGCUCCGACGAGUGGUGGAACGAAGUGGUGGAGCAGCUUCGACAAGGCCGCCUGUCGGAAGAGAACCACAAGUACUUGCACGGCAUUCCCGUGGAAGGCUGCACCCUGUCGGAAGCGGAGAGGCAGUCGCGCCGCAGGGUCAUCGUCUCCGAUGCGGAUCCGCGGCUGCAGGAGGCCAGGUUCCGGAAGGCGGUGGUCAUCGUGGCCAACAACGAUGCUCGCUACCAGAUCAACAAAGACAAGGCCAGAGCCUACAGCAAGGAGUCCGGCGCUCCUCUCAGGUGGUCAGUUGCCAAGGACGUGGCGGAGGCCAAAGCUCUUCAAGCCGAGGACUGCAGCAAGGAGGCCAAAAGGAAGUGGCUGCAGUACCACGACCGACACACGGGAGAUCUGUGCGGCCUGCUCCCCCUCGCCAUCGGCAUGCCGGUCGCCCUCACCGACCACGUGGACCGGUCCGACAAGUUCCUGCUUCGCGGGCGCUGCGGGCACGUGCAUUCCUGGGUGUGGCCCGAAAACGAGCAGCAGCCGGAGGUGGUGUACGUCAAAUUCCCGGAUGUGACGUGGCAGCUCCCCGGCACGCCCGAGCCCGGCAUCUAUCCCCUGCGGCCCGUAACGGAAGCAUGGUUUCUCGACCGGGGGCGCGAAAACCCUGUCCUGAAAGUGAAACGAAAGCAGCUUCAGCUGACCCCGGCCUUCGCGAUUACGGCGCACAGCAGCCAGGGCAAGACGCUGGAUGCCACACUGCUCGACCUGAACGUGGACAAGAACGUCCACCAGACCCUGGGCACCGUGGCGGCGAGCCGUGUCCGCAGCCGCGAGGACGUGCUCAUUCUGCGUCCCUUCCCGCUCUGGCUGUUCCAGCGCGGAGCGCCCGAAGGCCCCGAUCUGCUGCUGAAGACUCUCCGCAAAGAGCCCGUGGAUUGGAAGGCCUGGCGCGAAAGCAAGAACCCCUUCGCCGCCUGCGGAAGUUGUGGCCACGUGAAAGACUUCGCGAACUUCUCCUACGCCGAGUGGGGCAAAGUGCGAGCCAACCGGGCGGCCAAGUGCCUCCACUGCGAGAAGGGCGGCAAAACCACCGGCAAGCGCAAAAUCAGCAGGGACGCCGAGAUCUUCACCAAGCACGCUUGCGACAUCUGUGGUUGCAGCAAAAUGGCGGCGGCAUUCCCGGUGGCGCAGCUGCGCCAAGAAGGACCAAAUGUCAAGAAGGUGUGCACGCAGUGUGCGCGCAAUCAGCGCACUCUGACAUGCGCUAUGUGUGGGAAGACCAAGCCUUCGGACGCAUUCGAUGCGACAAUGUGCACCCUGCCACCUGGCUGCGCAGCAUGCGCCGACUGUCAGCAGGAGCUGCAUCCAAAGGCGAAGCGCUUGCGAGGAGGCUGGCUCCUUUGCAGGGGCUGCAAGCAAUCCUAUCCUCUUGAUGCAGCGGGCAAUGCUAGCAGCAGUCACUGCCUGAAUUGCGCCGUGCGUGGCACAAGGGCAGCCACUGAAUAA